AGGCACUCAAAACCCUGUCUGUGCUUGGUAUAUUAGGCAGCCAGUGCUCUUGGCUGGGAGCCCAGACGAGGCUUUUGUAAUCAAAACAUGAUCUUGUAUGCUGUGCAACCAGUGCUGAGAAAGGCCGUCUGAUGGCUCUCCUCUUUUAGCUCUGCUCUGGAAUCUGCUGGGCUUCGCUGCCGAUGUCCAACAUGCACCGAGCUGAUGCUGCUGUGGAUGAUGCAGUGUUAAGGAAGAAAGAGCAGAAGGAUGUUGAACUCGAUAAGAAAAUACUGGCUUUGCGGAAAAAGAAUGAAGCACUCAUACGACGAUACCAGGAAAUUGAAGAGGACAAAAAGCGAGCAGAGCAGGAGGGAAUGGCUGUUACCUCCCGGAGACCCAAGCAGGACGGACUCACUAUUACCAUCACCAAAGCUCACAAUGACCUGAAAGAUGCAAUUACCCAGACUGAACACUAUGGACAAGAUAGCCCAGCCCUCUCGAUGGACAAAAGGGUGGUGAGCGAGAAAUGGGGGAGCCCCUGUCCUACAAGCCCUGGGUUCGGCAUUGGCAGCGAGGAGGAGGAGGAGGAGGAGGAAGCAGAUCAUAUGUUCACGUUCAGGAUGGGGAAGAGGAUGCAGCUGGCUGUUACCAUGGACAACAAAGCCAAGGGCAAGCGGAUCGUCAGUGAGAAACGCACCGAGUGCUUCCCUGGCCCAGGCAGAGUGCCAGACCUGAGCGAAGAAGAGACAGACCAUUUGGUGGCUUUCCGCCGGGGGCGAAGGAUGCAGAUUGCCAUCACCAUGGACAACAAGGAAAAGGCAGAGGAGAGGAGAACAGCAGAGAAGCGGAGAUCAGACAGUGACAGAGGCCCAGAAAGUGAGCACAGCCGGAAGGAUGGUGGGAAGUCAGGCCAGAAGAACCCUGGGGAGCUGAGUUUCCCCAUGACUGGACGGGAGCGCUCGGAGUACAUCCGCUGGAAGAGGGAGCGAGAUCAGAUCGACCUGGAGCGACUGGCACGUCACAAGAAUGCGAAGGGCGAGUGGCGACGGGCUUGGGAUGUGGAGAAGUCAGAGCACAUGUUUGAAGAGGACUUUGUUAAGGAUGGGGAGCCAGCCUUGGAUAAUCCCAGCAAUAAGAAAGGGGGAAGAAACGCAAGGAAAUUCCAGCACAGGUCCUUCCCUCCCGACGGGAGAGGUGGAGGACACCAUGGAGUGAAUGUGAGCGAUCCUGGCCCGAAAGCAGUGCCUGCUGUGAGCAGCCGAGCCAAAGGAAAGGACAGGCUGACUGGCAGAGCCAGAAGAUGGGAUGCAAAAGAAGGCGAGGACAUGUCUUUUCUGAAGGAUGACUUUGAUGGCCAGAGGAGCCUUGGUAUGGACAAGCGGAAGAGCAGAGGUGAGGAGGGGGUGGAAGAGAACUGCACGGCUGAGCUAGAGGAGAAGGUGAAACAGCCAAGCCUCCAAGAUCAUGGGGCCUCCUCAUCACAAAGGCUACGAAGUGGGAAGGUCCAGUCUGCCCACAAUGGCCAGAAGGAGGAGCGGAGAGGAGCAAAGGGCUUCAGCGUGGAGGCGUCUGUGGCCAGCACGGGUGACUUGGAGCCAGGGCCCAAGCCAAGCAAGGAGGGCACUGGGGAAGAUGCCAGCCAGAAGCCUGGCAGUGCUGACACUGCCCGGGAGAAGGAGAUCACCGACAGCACUGCUGCACAGAGCAGCCUUCCAGGCACUGUGCAAGCCACCAGGCAUGGCAGCCAGGAGACCUUGGCAUUGCCCCUGAAUUCAGAUGGAGCUGGCUUAGAGAAAAACACAGCUUCAGAGCAGGAGUCCAGUGAGGACUCUUCCAACAGCCACGGAGGAAAGCUGGACACAGCAGGAGACAGACUGGAUGCAGGUCAAGGACAGCUGGUGAGAAAAAGAGGGGAGGAAGUGACCCAAAACCCUGCUCUUCAGGGGGAGACGCUUGCACUGAGAGGAGGUGAAGAUGCUGAAGGCACUGAACACAGAGGAGAGCCUUUGCCCCCAAGGAAAGCCAGCUCUGACAAGACUGUUGUGUCUGAGCAGGACGCAGCAAAGUCACAGUCCAGGGAAGGGGACCAGCCUGAGGAUUGUCAGGACAAAGACAGUGGGGAGAUUCUCAACUAGCAAAGAUUGUACCGGCUUGCCUGAGACAGAAGGAUAAAGUGCUGAAGGCGGUGGAUGAGAAGAGGAGCACAAGCUUGUUCUCGCUCUUUUACCUUCUAUGAAAUCAGCUUUCAGCACCUGCCCUGUGCCCUUCAGCACCCAUUUGCAACAUGGGGGUCCCCCUCACCAUCCCCACUCCGUUUUGGCAUCACCCUUUCCUCCCCAUAUGCUGAAGCACAGGGAAGGCUACACACACUCCCAGCCUACAAAAAACCCACCAUCACUUAAUCUUUUGUAUUUGUUUUGCCGAUAUUGCAGCUGUGUGGCAAGCCAAUGAAUUGUCUACUGGAUGCACUUUAUUUUAUUUAAUAACUAAUUCUGUUUAAAGUUAAGAUUUAGGUUUCUGGGCACAGCACCUGUUUUCCCUGCUGCACCGGGAGGACAGCUGGGGCUGUGCCAGCUCUCCCUCGCUGCUGGGCAGGGAGCAGGCAACUGACAGAGCAUUAGGAGACAGGGUGAGAGGCGUUAUGUUGUAGUUCAGUAGGUGGAUGAAAAAAUAGCGUGGAGAGCAGCUCUCGUACUAGGGGUUUGUAUGUGGUUGAAGUGUUGGCAGAGAUGUGCGGUAGCGGUGUGGGCCGCAGGACACAAAGGGCAGCAAGUGUUCUUCAGUUUGGUUGCGGGGUGCAGGUGCUUUUGGGAAGCACACGCCACCCCCAGCCUCCUCCCAUCAGCAGGAGCAGCGGCCCAACCCGCACCUCGGAACACUCUGCUUUUUUCUAAGGAAGGUGGCUGCUAGCUUGAGCAGGUAUGUCUGCAGCCCCACAAAACACCCUGCCCGCUUCCUACGACCAGGAAGGCUCCGGUAACCGGAGAUAUGUGCAGCUCUAUGUGCCAAGCAGGGCCAGGAGAAGGACAGCACAAAUGCCACCACCUUCCUUCUCCACCACACGCACAAAGGAGUCAGCACCAGGACCCAGGCCAAAGUGGAGCUGAAGGUCUAAGGCUUCCUAUCAACUGCUUUCACCUUCCCGGUUGUGCCUUUCAUAGCCUUGUGCUUGAACAAGAGUGCAGCAGUUCCCCUGGAACCUGCCACGCAGACAUUCUGACCUGGCCUUAAAAGACACCUUUCAAACCACGGAUCUGGAUGAGUAUUUAUGGACAUAAAUGUGCAAGAAGCUCAGCUGCCUGGGCUUCCAUGCAGCUAUGGGACUCACAGCAAACUAGGACCUGGCUGAAAUACAGCUACCAAUUCCAGAGAAAGCAGGCACAAGGAGUAACACCAGAGUUUCUGACUUGUGAAAGACAGAGCAGAGAGAGUAUCGCCCUCAGCUUGAAGCACUGUUCUAAAACUUGAUGUAGGACAAACAUACAUGCAGACACGUAUGUGUAGAGGUGUACUGGGUUUCAUUGCAGGAUGCAUUUGUUAACCAAAGUGGCAGACUGCCUUGGUGAUAAGGUUGACACGUGUGGGCAGAAAUACUGUACGCUGGUUUAAUAAACUAAUAUUUGCACAGAUAAACAUUUUGGUUUUCCACAUAACUUAGAUCCACAUCACCUAUCUCAUGAAGGACAAGCCUGGGAAUUUCCUCUCCAUGCCAAAUUCAGGAGAGUUCACUGGCUUCAGACCAGGUAUUAUCAAGAAACAGAGUGUGCAGCUUUCAUGUUUUAUCAGUAGAAACAUCUUCACCACCCCAAAGCUCAGACUGAGUUUAUUUGGAUUUCUGCAACAGAUAAAAGAACAGAUAGAUAAAAACCAGAUUGUAAAACUGCUCCAGGUCCUGGAGAUUGUCCAUCACUAUUAAAGGCUGAUUUCCCUUAUCUGACUGGCUCAAAAACCUGCUUACAAUUGUUUAAUUUAUUAUUACUUUUUACAUCACGUCACUGACCUCAGUCUUGGCCCAGUCAGUCAUCCCCCAGCACAGGUCAGGACCUGGCUUGCCUCACAGUCCCUCUGAAACAGUCUCAGAUCACAAGCCUGUUGCACCCCAGCAGCAGUUGGACACGCAGCCAGAAACUUAACAGUGCCCCUGGCCCAGCACUGAGCUGUAGAGAUAAACCCAACUGCAGUUGUUGCUGCAUCUUCUUGCCCUAGAUUCCCUUCUGAAAGGAAAACCAUCAAUCUUCCCCCAUUCUCUCCUUUUUCUCCUGCAAAUCCAAGUAACUUUGCAUUUACCAAUGCCUAGGAAGGACUGAGUCUGUACCAAGCUGCAGGGAUGGGACUGUACAGAUACUGCCUGUUCUAAGUGUAAUUUUUUUUCAUGCUUAUUAACACUUUGCUCAAAUGCACUUUGGUUGGUGCCUGGAUUGCAAUUUUUCAGAAACCUGUGGCUAGCUCUUUCUUCUUUACAGUGAGAGAAAGGACUGAAAAAUCUGAUGUAGAAGGAUUAUUUAUAUGAAAUAAAAGUUGUAAUGAGGAAAAAGUUCCAGUUUCUUAGAGUUUCUCAGUCCCACACAGUUUUUCUGAAUUGAACCAGUAAUCUCUGCUUUUCAGAGCAACAGCUCCAAUUCGGAUUGCUUACCUCUUAGGAAAGCACCUAAUGCUUGGGCUCUCUCAGCGACCUCACCUGCAGAGCUCAGUGCAGUGACAGCAGUCCCUCCUAACACCAGGCUCCUCCUGAGGCAGCCAAGCUGCCUCCCCGCCACAGCGUUCUCCUGCCAGCAAUCGUGGCGGCAGCUGGCAGGGUGCAAACUCAUCCGCCUGAAGAGUUGCCUGUUUCCUCCCAGCAGUGGUUGGUAGCUCAGGGAUUUUGUGAAAGCUCUUCUAGCUCUUCCACACAACAGAUAAACAGCAGUGAUUUGCAGGCAGAACACCGUUUUCUUUAAACUGAAAAACUAGCUUGCCACUAGACACUAUUCUAGUUGGCAAAACUGACCAUCAAUCUCAACAGGGUAGCUCUGUAGCUAAAAUCUGUUAUCAAAACUGAUUCCAGACUAGUGCAUCAGCUCUUGUAUAAAGAGAUCAAUUUAAAAAAACCCACACCAAGGACA